CGCUCAGUUCAGGUGUUGCGGCCGCUUCCGGCCAAACAUUCGCAGACGAUCCGUGAAUUCGCGGCGGAAGCGAGCCGGCGAGGGGCGGACGGUGACGGAAAGCGAAGGAGACGCGGGUGUCGCGACGGAACGAAAGAGAAGUUUGGGCGUAUGCGGCCGCCCUCUCCGUUUCACCUUCGGAGCCUCGUUUCACCCUUCCGCCGGAGCACCCUCUCCGUUCGCCGUUCUCCCUCUUUCUUCAUCUUUUCACCGCGGGUAUCUCUGUCCCGCCCGUUGCCUCCGUCUCGCUCGUCCACCCCCGUGAAAUCGACGUUGCGCGUUUAUCGAACGACUGCGCGCGCACCGAUAACGGGGAUGGGGCGUGCGAAGUGUUGGUUGGUCGCAGAGGAGGCGGCGGUGGACGAACGCACGUAAACGGACACGGACGGCUGGAAAACGAGCGAGCCGUGCGAGCGAGCGAGCGAGCGAGCGUGCGAGCGACGACGGGGACGUCGACGAAGACCACGACCACGACGACGAGGACGGUGACGACGACGACGACGACGACGACGACGACGACGACGACGACGGCGGCGGCGGACACGGGAGCUAGCCAACCACCAGACGCGAACCGGAGCUCUCGCCGCGCGAGCCGCGCACACGGUGUGCCAACGCUUUUCCCUCCGGCUGUUCUCUCGUUCUGGCGAACGCCGCUCUCUCGUCCCCCUCGGUUGCCUUCGUUGUCAACAAACCCGCCGAUCCUCGCGUGUGUGUCCGCGGAGCGUGCACGCACCGUCGGCCCACGUUUACCCUGCGCGAGCUGGCGAAAGGGUGGAGGAGGACGCGCUGGCAGGCCGCGGUGGAGUCGCAGCCGCGAGACGGUGCAGUUGAUCGGAAGAAGGGGUGGUAAACAAAAGGGAGGACCUUCGACGCGCCGCCGUGACGAGUGACGGAUAGUGAGCGGAUUACUCCGUUGUUCCGCGGUUGUGCGGGCUACGAAGCAACAAAAUCGCCUCUGGCCGAGAUUCGUCCGGAAUAUAUUGACCAGUGAUCGCAACAGUGCCAUCGGUAGUGCAUCGGGAGUGUGCUGUCGCAACGGAGGCUGGUUUCCGGGGAGUCGUAAGGAGCGGAGGAUUAGAGUUGUCCCUCGAGUAAACGAGGAGCGAACCGAGGAGAGAGAGAGAGUCCAAGGAGAGAAGAGAGAGAGAAAAAGAGAGAGAGAAUAUCCUAUCGAGUGUUGCCGUAUUUUCGUUCACCUGGUUCGUCCUCCCUCCGAGUGGCGGAGGGCGGUGAAGGCAUCGAUCGCUCGCCAUUUUGCCCGAGCACCGACAUCUUCUCCACGCAUCGGCGACAUUUUCCCCUCGUGGCUGGCCGCCGCGGACGAGACGCUUCUCGCGGAUCGACGGGGGCGGGCGAUUUUCGUGAUCGGCUCGCUUCUCGCGGUUCGCUGGUUCCCGCGUGGAUCGUUCGCUUAUUGAUCAACGGCUGACGGCGACGGGGAGAAGAUUUCCCUGUCGAGGAGUGGCCGCGCGUCGAUCGCGUCGAGGGAACGUUCGUUGAUCGGGCAAGAAUCAGAGAAGACAGAGGAAGGAAGGAGGACCGCCGCGGCCGUAGAACGAGGAGGAGGAGGCGGAGGAGCAGGUAAAGGGGGAGGAAGGCUCGUUCAGGUCGAAGUUAGAAGUCAGCAGGCUGGGAGGUCGGCUGAGCGAGGUGGUGGGUCCCGUCGUGGAGGAGGCCAUCGAGCCAGGGGAUGCGACCCCGCUGACGGGACCCCCGAGGGAGUCCUCGGUUCCUCGAGCACCCCCGCCGCCACCGCAGCGCGUCACCACACCGAGUCCGCCGAGACCUCCGCCCACUACGUCCCAGCAAGCCCAGAAUCCGGGUCAUCAGGCCCAGGAGUCCACCUCGGACGCCCAGAAUCCGGGCCACCAGGCCCAGAAGCCCUCGGGCCAUCAGGCCCAAUCCAACCCCGGCCAGCAGACCCAGAAUCCAGGCCACCAGACCCAGAACCCCGGACAACAGUCCGCGAAUCCUGCUCAUCAGACGCAGAACCCCGGUCAUCAGGAGAAGGAUCAUCAGCAGGUGAGCCAGGGACAGCAAACGCAGAAUCCUGGUCAUCCAGCUCCGGUGAGUCGCCAGGCGAGCCAGAAUCCUACUCACCAGGCGACCCAGACGCAGCAAUCUUCGUUGCAGCAGCAACACUCUCAAUCUCAGCAGCAGCAGCAGCAGCAGCAGCAGGAGCAUCGUUCCAGCAGCAUGGGUACCGUGUUGUCGUUCAGCCCGCGUGACAGGCGCAGCUCGGUGUUCCCGCCAGCGGGGCACCAGCACCCCGCCGAUUUCACGUUGAACAAUUUUAAUUACGAACAGCUGAACAACGCGAAGAACCGCGAGAACAAGAGCAGCGUCGCUACGGUGGCGCCGGCGCCGCCCACGGGUCACCCGCCUACGAACAAUAACUCGUUACAGAACAAUAAUAUCAAUUUGAACAAUAACGAUAACGCGAGGAUCAUCUCCGAGAAGAAUGCGCUCGAGAAGAACCUGAAGAAGCACUCGUUGUUCAUAAACGCGCUCUCGUGGAAGCGGUUCAGCACCGCGAACAACAACAAGAAGAAGUUCGACAACAAGAAGAACACCUUGUUCAGGCAGCCACUCGAUAAUAUACCCAUCGUCGACCAAAAUAAGAACAUACAGACGCCCCAGACGAAGCCGCCCGCGUCGAACAACAAUCAUACAACGCACAACCCGACGUGCGAGAAGCUCGUGCAGAAGCCGCUGCCCCCCGGCCCAAGGAAAACUGUGAUCCAAGCGUCGACUUCGGAAUUGCUCAAGUGCCUCGGCGUCUUCCUUCACAGGAAGUGCACCCGUUUAAGAGACUUCCGGGUCAACGACGCCGUCAUGUGGUUGAAAGCCGUCGACAAGAGUCUGCUGUUUCAAGGCUGGCAGGACGUCGCGUUCAUGAAUCCCGCCAACGUUGUGUUCGUCUACAUGCUGGUGAGGGAGCUCGUCGACGGCGACGAGGCGUCCGAGAAGGAGCUCCAGGCGACAGUGCUGACGUGCCUGUAUCUGAGCUACAGCUACAUGGGCAACGAGAUCAGCUACCCGCUGAAGCCGUUCCUCAUCGAGGACAACAAAGACAAGUUCUGGGACAGGUGCCUGCUGAUCGUGAACCGACUGAGCGCCGAGAUGUUGCGGAUCAACAGCGAGCCUGGAUUCUUCACCGAGAUCUUCACCGAGCUGAAGGCCUACGGUACCGGAAGUCGAAGUAGUUUGCCUGGUAGCGGCCUCGAGCGGAGCCUCGUCGUCUCCGGAGUCGCGGUACCCACCAAGGCGGCUUGACGGAGCUACACACACCUGCUGGUGCGCAUCGCCAGGCACGGCUGCGACGUC